ACCUUCAUUUUACUGCAGGGUUAAGCAUGUAUUGAUGACUACGUCCCUUUUAGUUUAUGGUGCAAUGACUAUGUCAUGGAUUUGCGACAAAAUAACAGAGUCUGGAUUUGGUCAAGGAUCAACUUUGAUUAUUUGUGUGGGCAUUUUGACUGGCUACACAGAUACAUUGCAGAAAAUGUUAACUCAAAUAGCAGGUAGUAGCGGGAGUUGGUGGCCUUAUGUACUUGCGGUACUAGGUGUUUUUACUCUUGUUACAAUGUGGGCUGUCGUCGUGAGUGAAGGAUGCCGAAAAGUUAAGCUGCAGUAUUAUGGUUUUAAAGUUGCUUCUGCUGCGAGGUGACUUGAACCCUGAAGUGCUGUUGAUUUGCAUUUUCUUUUGUUGGAAGCCAGAUUUUAUGUGGUUGACUAAUGUGAAAAUGCCAUAGGCGUAGUUACAUGUAUCUUAAUGC